AUGGAGAAUGAUACAAUUAAGCAAUUGACUGCGCUUGUGAAGCAGAAUGCUGAUCCUGAGAUGAGCGGACUCUCUCAACUAGGGAUAAUUUCGAUCAGGAAUCUGAACAGCAUAUUAGAAACAACGUUAAAUAACGAAAUUUCAGAUUAUCAGGCAGCAUUAAUCUUUUUAACUAGCUUUACUAGUUUGAUCAAUUCAAUCGAUAUUCUCGCAGGUAAAUUCGAGCCUAUCAAACACUAUAUAGAUUCACAUAUCUCUCAUUUAUCCUCCAAGGAUUCGAUAGCGCUUUUGUCUCAAGCCUAUCUAUAUCAUUUAAGACUCGUUAAAACAAUAAAAUUUAAAAUUAUAACAAACUUGAUCACAGCAAAUUGUUUCGUCAUUAAUUAUAACCUUUCAGUUGUUCCUACAGAGCUUCAUUCGACAGUUCAACGAUUCAUAAAUUCGAUAAAUGAUUCUCUAAAGAUUGCCUCAAGAGACGAAGACUAUCAAUUGUUAAACCACAUCUUUGUAUUAUUUUCAGACCUACAAUCUAUAUAUAAUAACAGUAAAGAUGAUUUACCCCCCAAUACUACUAUGAUAUCAAAUAUGCCCGAUGUAACAACAGCAUUCGAGAACAUGAAAUUCUUACGGAGAUCAGAUUUAAACGUUGGAUAA